AUGGCUCGCCUGAGCAUCCUCCUCCUGAGCUACCUGCUCACCCUCGCCGCCGCCGGAUCCGCAGUCCUAGACCUCAUCCCCAAAAACUUCGACAAAGUUGUCCUGCAGUCUGGCAAGCCCGCCCUCGUCGAAUUCUUCGCCCCCUGGUGCGGCCACUGCAAGAACCUCGCCCCCGUCUAUGAAGAGCUCGGCGCCGCCUUUGCGCACGCCGAGGACAAGGUUAGCAUCGCCAAAGUUGAUGCUGAUGCCAACCGCGACUUGGGCAAGCGGUUCGGAAUUCAGGGUUUCCCCACAUUGAAAUGGUUCGAUGGUGUCUCGGACAAGCCCGAGGAGUACAAGGGUGGCAGAGAUCUGGAAAGCUUGACUGCAUUUGUGCAGCAGAAGACGGGGAUUAAGCCCAAGGGCGCGAAGAAGGAGCCCUCUGCUGUGGAGAUGUUGACCGAUAAGAGCUUCAAGGAGAUUGUUGGGUCGGACAAGGAUGUGCUUGUUGCUUUUACCGCACCGUGGUGUGGACACUGCAAGAAGCUCGCUCCUACCUGGGAACUCCUCGCCACAGACUUUGCUCUCGAGCCUAAUGUUGUCGUCGGCAAGGUCGACGCCGAGGCUGAGAACGCCAAAGCUACAGCUAAGGAACAGGGCGUGACUGGCUAUCCCACCAUCAAGUUCUUCGCCAAGGGCUCAACUGAGGGUGUGGUCUACACCGGCCCUCGCACGGAGGAGGCCUUUGUCGAAUUCCUCAACACCAACGCUGGCACACACCGCGCCCCGGGUGGUGGGCUUGAUGACAAGGCCGGCACCGUCCCCAUCCUUGACAGCUUGAUCGCCAAGUACGUCCCCACGCAGAACAUCCAGGAUCUCGUCGCCGAGGUCAAGAAGGCCGCAAAGGGUGUUGAGGGCAAGUACUCAGAGUACUACGUCAAGGUUGCCGAGAAGUUGAGCCAGAACCGGGAGUACGCCCUCAACGAGUUUAACCGCUUGAAGAAGAUUCUUGCAAAGGGUGGCUCUGCUCCGGAGAAGGUCGACGACAUCAUUUCGCGUAGCAACAUUCUGCGCAAGUUCUUGGGUCUUGAGGAGAAGGAGGAGAACAAGAAGGAUGAAUUGUAA